AUGACUCAAGGCGAUCCCCGCGAGCAGCAGGACUUGGCGAGUGAGGGCUUUCACUCGGCCGGGUCUGCUGGCGGCGACCAAGCGGCGACGAUCCCCACUCCGAUGGGGGCUGCACCAGGAGGCCAGCCGAGCGUGACCGUGCCCGCCACGAUGGCGGCGCCCGCUGCGAUGACCGUGCCUACCGGGACGGUGGCACAAGCUGCGACUACCGCGACGACCGCGACGACCGCGGCCUCCGCUUCGACGGUGCCAAGUGCGGCGACGACCAACCCCGCGCGUCCGACACUGCCGGACGUCACGACUCCUGAGGGUCUGGCCGCCGCCCGAGACCUGCUUCAACGUGCGCUGGACAUCACAAGCCGGCACGCUGGCCGAACCUCUGGUCAGUCGUGGGCGACGACGAGACCGAACCCCGCGGCCCAAGCGACCGCGACCCGCGUGCCCACGACUCACCCGUCGGCCCCUGCGUGGACUGCAGCGCCGUCGACAGCCAGCGUCGUGCCUCAGGCGCAACCUUCCGUCCCUGCGUGGAACGCUGCGCUGCCCGCGUCAGGAGUGGUGCCUCCGACUCAGUCGAGCGCCGCUGGGUGGGCGUACACGCCAUCUACGGCGAACGUUGUUCCUACCCUGACUCCGAGUACGACUUCGGUGCCCACUUCGGCCUCGGUUACGACUCCGCGCCUCCGGUCCACAAUUGCGGCCUAUGACGGCGUCUCUCUCGAGGGAAUCCCUGCCGCCGCUGGAUACGGCUUCGGCGUGUCGCCGGUGGGGAUGCGGUUCACUCCAAUGAGUCAAGGAGCUACGGGUCCGAUCGCUUCGACGUACUACGGAGGAAUGCCAUCGCACAUCAAGUACGCGGUGAGGAUGAUCCAGCCGUUCCACUCGGACCACGCUACGGUCGACAAGGCCAAGUUGUUUUGGGACUCGUUCGCCCGAGCCACGACCGAACUCGAGGAACAGUUACGCAUCAUUCAUUUGCUACAACUGAUCGUACGCCUCAAGACUACGAAGCGUUCCCGCGGCAUGUCCGCCGAGGUGUGGGGUGAUCUGGUCAAGAGUCUCUGUGACGAGGCCCAGUGCUUCGACCCGACCAUGAGGUACCAGUACUUCCUGUCGGGACUGAGGAACCGUGAGUGGAAGGCGGCCCUGUCGUCUGCCAUGGCGAGCACCAUCCAGCAAGCCGUGCUCAUCCUCCUGCAGAGAGGCAUGCACAUUCCCGUCGAGGACGACGCGGACUUCGCGGACGAGAAGUCAUCCGAGAAGAAGUCGGAGGACUCGGCCGUGAAGGAGAUGAUGGAGAUGCUCCGGCAGAACCAGAGCUUGAUCAUGCAGCAGCAAGCCGAACUGGAGCGUGCUACGCGGUCCCCGAGACGUCCCAGCUACGCCGCGGUCGCGUACAAGACCCAACCUGUCGUGCCGCCUCCGAUGCCGCCUACGCUGCCUAUUGUGGAUCCAUCAACUGUCGCCGGCAACGAUUCACCUGCGGGAACUGCAAGCAGCAAGGGCAUGCUACCUCGGCGUGCGUGGCCCCGGCUCGAAACCAAGGCAACAAUGGUGGUGGGCAAGGACAGCCCCGUCGUCAAGGUGGCGGUGCAGGCCUGCGUCCGUGCUUCGGGUGUGCAAAUGGCGGCGCAGACGCAAGCUGUCGCCCCCGCUCAGGGAACGCAGCCUACUCAGCAAUGA